AUGCGUGUUGGAGAUUUGUGACCUACACUCGAUUUUGACUCCCGUGUUGUUGUUGGUCUGUGGCACGCGCGCACUGGCCGGCGGUGUGAUUGAUGAUUAAACCGGAAGACGCGGUGGGUCCGGAGGUCCGGAGCGCGCGCCUCUGAGCACCAGUGAGUGAUGGAAUCUCUCCUGAGGGAAGAGUUUGGGUUUAAAGGAGGAAGUUCCUCUCUGAGGGAGGAGGUCAGCGGGGUGGUCAGAUGGCCGUCCUCGUCUCUGUGUCUGGACAUUAAUCAGUUUGCUGCUGCGUAUCAUGAGAUCAGACUGCGUCUGGCCGGCCUGGAGCGAGAGAACAGCAGCAUCAGGAGGAAGCUGAAGAACUAUGAGAUGAAGUUCCCUGUCAUCAGGGUAUGUGAGGACGAGAGGAGUGUGUAUGAGGACGAGAGGAGUGUGUAUGAGGACGAGAGGAGUGUGUAUGAGGACGAGAGGAGUGUGUGCUGCUCCUGUGAGUCCGAGACGAUGGAACUGAUCCAGACUGAAAACAGCAACCUUCAGCAGAGGAUCAACAGCCUCCUUCAGGAGCUCCAGCAGAGUAAAUCUCAUGAGCAGUAUCUGGAGGAGGUGAUUAAAGCCUACGAGAAAAUUCACCUGGAGAAGAGCAGCGUCCAGAAGGAGCUGGACACCAUGACGACUCUAGCUGAACAGCAUGUGGAGAGGAUCAGGAAGCUGGAGACGGCGCUCAGUCAGAGAGAGAUCCUCCUGCAGAAGAAGAAAGCAAGAGAACCUUCACAUCAGCGUAAUAAAGAAACUCGUUACCUGCAUCUGUACACCAGCCUGGACACACCCUGUGCGCUGGAGUGUCCCGGGCCAAGCCUGCAGAGCUCACGCAGUCUGGACACGCUCACUGACCUGAGGGUCCAGCGUCUGGAGGCGGAGCUUGAGGGGGUGUGGCAUGAGGCUAGAGGGGCGUGUCAGCGGGAGGCAGAACUUAAGGCGGAGCUGCAGCGUCUACAGGAAGAAAUCAGACAGGAAAAAGAACGACAGGUAAACACACACACACACACACACACACACACACAUCAUGUUAAGAGAAACAGUUUUCUUGUUUGUUUGUUGUUUUUGCAGGAGCUGGAUGUGGAGUGUGAACACUGCAGUGUGGAGUGGAUUAAAAAGGCAGGAGAUGAACAGGUGAACCUGGCGCUGGCCUACACAGAGCUGGUGGAGGAACUGAGUGGAAUCCGCAGCCUCAUUGCUGAACAGAACCGAAUCCUGAGACAGAAGCGCAGCUCUCUGGAUCAGAACAGUCCCGUACUGAGGCAUGGCCCCACCUCCCCUCCCUCCGACCCCGCCCCUCCAUGCCCUCACCCGAUUAGGUCACACUUCCAGGGUCGCCGUAGUUACUCAGACAUGGCCGACCCCUCCGUCUCUCCUCACGCCGUCCACCAUCCCGUUUCCACUCUCCCAAAGCGCAGAACCACGUGCCACACCCACCUCAGGCCGAUAUCCACUGGGCUCCGCCCAUCCUCCGCCCACGGCGCUCUGGAGCUCAGCUUUCCGCUGCCUGACUCCACCCCUGCUCCACUGACCACGCCCCCUCACUCAUCAGAGGAUGAAGACGAUGAGUGGGUGGGGCUUAGGAUAAUGACGUCCCCUCACUCGCACCCCCGCAGUGAGCAUGCUCAGUCCUGGCCUUCAAUCAGAUUGUGGAUGGAUGAGGAGGAGAGCGAGACUCGGAGUUGUCCUCUCUGUCAGCUGUCCUUCCCCACAGGCUUCCCUGAUGAUGCUCUGAUCACACACAUCGACACUCACCUGGAAAACAGCAAGAUAUAACACACACACACACACACACACACUCCUGCUUCCACACUGUAACACUGUGAACUUCGACUCUUCUGUUGAAUGAUUUUUAAGAGAGAUGUUCCACAGUGUGGCUGUAAUGUCUUCAGUUUUAUUUCCUUUUAUUUUUAUCCUCUAUGUAGUGAAGAAUUAAACAGUAGAUAGCUUCCAUUUCUAUCAUGAAGUUUCCGUCCAGAGCGUCCCCCAAAAAUACCCCGGGGUUUAGAUUUUAUCGUUUAUUGUUUAUCGUUCAUUUCGUCCUAGUGCAGUGUUUCACAUAAACUGUAGAAAACUGUGAUUUACAACAGCAACAUGCAACAGAUCUCAGGCUUCACUUCUUAUUUUCUGGCCCAGAAAUGAGCUCCUCCCCCUUCCAAAGCAGAGCUGCUUAACUCCACCCAUUUCUUCCACAGGAAAUUGAACAGGGAUGAAUUUUUUCAACUGAAGGGCUUCUUAAUGUUUUCAUUGCAAUUCCCUUUUCAGCCAGCAGAGGGCUAUAAACCUGACACACUGCUGCUAUGAGCAUGAAGAGAACAGGCAGAUCAGGAACAGGACUAGGAUCAGGACCAGGCUCAGAAUCAGUAACAGGACUAAGAACAGGAUUAGUAUCAGGAUCAAGACCAGGACUAAGAACAGAAUCAGGACCAGGAUCGGUGUGUUUUAAAAUCAUGUUUGUGUUCGAACCCAGAGAUCAGCAGUGUGAUGGCUGUAAGAGUUCUGAGUGACUGUAUGUAUUUAUGGUCAGAGAUCCAAACAGAAGUUUAAUCAUGAGUCCAGCAACCUCAUGAACACACACACACACACACACACACACACAUAUACCUGAAGCUGGUGUUCUGCUGUAAAUCUUCUGACAGACCCGUCACACUUCUCGAUGAUGUCAGAGCUUGCUCAAUGUGAUAUUAUAACCAGCAAACUAACAAGAGUGAAUGAAAUGAGGAGAAUCCCCAAGGCAGCUAACAACGGCUCAGAAGAACAUCCUGUCUGUAUAACCUCCUGAACAUGGGGUCAGUUUAUCUGCACUGAGGGGACGAGCUCUUCUCCAGUCAGGUCUGAAACUUAGUUUGUAUCGAGGGUAAUAUUUAUCAUCUCACUUGGUACAUUCCAUUAGCUGCUUAUACGUUACAUGCCAUAUCGCUAGCAAACAGUCUCUCCGCCAGUCACGACUCUGAAAUCUUUUCCUGGUAACACGAUAAAAUCAGUAUCACUGUGAAAACAGUUUACAUAUGAAUUAAUAAUGUGCACUGUGGGCGGGGCCAGAGGCGGAGCCACUGUCUGAGCGACCGUAUCAACAGCACAAACUCCGUCAUGAUGAAUCCGAAUAAAUCGACCUGAAUCCUACAGAGUGAUGAUGAUGUUCCCUCACACUCACACUCCUGCUUUAAACUGUGCUGAAGAUCAGGAGAAUGUUUAUAACAGCCAGGGUUUCAGGGUGAAGUGAAAUAUAUGAGCUGGUUAAGUUUAAUUCUAUUGGAGAAUCUCACAGUAAAUCUCACAGAAACUCUAAUCUCUGGAGGAUGAAAUGAUCCUCUUCUUAAUUAUGGAGCAAUAACAUGUUUAUGAACACUGAGUCAUGUAGAGUAUGUAGUCGUGAUCUGGGUGUGUGUGUGUGUGUGUGUGUGUGUGUGUGUGUGUGUGUGUGUGUAAAUGUGAGCUAUAUUGUUAAGGUGUGUAGUCUGGUGUUAAUGAGAGACUCUGUGUUCUGAGGUGUUCAGUUUAGGACUUUAGGAGCUGCACACUAAAUUAAAUAAAAUAUAAUAUAAUACAGCUCAGAAUCAUGAAUCAUCAUCUUGUGGAUAACAGCUGUGGUUGUGUGUGUGUGUGUGUGUGUUAAACCUGACACUGUCAGUCUGUAAGUGUGUUGUUGUUGUUGUUGUUGUUGUUGUUGUUGAUGUAUUUAUUAAGACAUUAAGGGCUGGUGUUAAACUGCUGACUGAUUUAAAGCCUGAAAUAAAAAUAAUGGAAUGUUUCUGUUCUUAC